UCCUAUUCUUCUUCUCGACUCUAGACGGUUCAGUUUCUCUCUCGUCUUUAGCGCGCGCGGGUUUCGUUUUCACGUUUUCACUUUCCUUCAUUCUCAUUCGGGAGAAGAAGAAGAAGAAAGAAAGAAAAGAAAAAAGACGAACGCCAUAGACCAAGUAGAAGACGAGACCUUUUUGGUUUCCAUUCGGACGAUUCUCACACAACCAAGUUCUUCUCUCAGUUGCGAUCGCGCUGGUGUAGCCGAGCGGCUGUAAUAUUUUCGAGCUCUCUCUAUCUCUCUCUCCAUUUACAUUUCGUCGAAAAUUUCCCAUUGAUAUCCUCUCUGCUGCACUUGAUAUUUUGAUUAUUUCGUUGGGUUGACAAGUUGUGAGCGACGCGGGGCUGCUGAGAGGGUGAAUAGACGAAAUGAUCGCUCACACGCUCUUGACUGGUUUUGUGUUGAUCGGAUGCAUCCGCGCCGCUACCAUCGGAGACGGGCGGACGAGCUUGAUCGACGGAAAACCUAUUGAUAAUCGAUCGUCCGGCAGUUGCAUCGUAGAGGGAAAAACGUACUUAUCGGAAACUUCCGUACCGCGUGACCAUCCGUGUCAUUACUGCAUUUGCUAUGGAGGCAAGAUCGAUUGCUUCUGGAAGCAGUGCGCUCACAUCCCGGAUGGAUGUCAGGUGAUGGCCUUCCAGGAUACCUGCAAUCCUUCGCUCUACAUUUGCGACAUUCCCGAGAAGGCGCGAGAGGCUCCGACUUACGGACCCCCACAGGCCAUUCGUCAGCAGCCCGGUUUAAGUGUACUAGCAUCGACGAAAGUCUACACGACCAGUCUGCCCACUGCCCCGACAUUGGCGCCGAGCUCACGGUCGACUCAGCCGCCGUCUUUUGUUCAAACUUAUACCAAGCCGGAGGUGGUACCUCCUUCCCGUCAUCUGCUUCCGCCCGCUCGCCAACUGAUUGAGCCGCCAUCCCGUCAUUUGACUCCACCUUUGCCGUCGUCCGGCGUUGCUGCCCAAAAGAAAUCCAUUUCCGUUUCUCCCGUUCAAUUUCAGCAGCAGCAUCAGCAGCCGUCCAGUCGACAGCGGCGGCCGCUGGAGGAGAUUAUUCCCAUCAGGCAACCGGCCCAGUUCGGACUGGGAAUGAAGAGCAAGAUGCGAUUCAGUCGAUCAUUAGCCGACGUCACCUCCAUUCUCGACACGAUGUUGCCGCACAGCAUUCAAGAAGAAUUUCCGUUGAACUUUGACCACGAAAUCGUGGCGCGUUUGGUGGAGAAGCAGGUUCGCUCGAGACGAUCCAUCAACAGCUUGGCAGGCGACAAUCACCACCAUCAUCAUCACGAUCAUCAUGAGGAGGAUCGAGGCUGCACCAUUCUCGGCAUUCAUUACCAGCUCGGUGAAGUGAUAGGUGUUGCGACUGAUGUUUGCCGCGAAUGCCGAUGCGCUGCGCAGUCUCUCUUCUGUUCGCCAAAGUGCUGUUUCAAACCGGCGCCACUUGAGCAGGUGACUGGAGAAUUCGUUCGCAUCUUGGACCAAAGUCCCGCCCCGGUUUCGGGAUUACUGGCGCCGCAACAUCCACUCCAUUACAUCAAAAGCGAGUUUGAUUAAAUUGCGACACAAGUGUCUUACGAGUCACCUACUGGCAGUUGGCAUGACUGCGGCAAGGAGAAAUCUCGGAGGCGAACCUUGGGGGCACGAGUCCGCAAGCAGUAUCAUCUCGUCUUCACUCUCCCCUCUUAUCGUUAGUUCCAUUAUUGCAUCAUCAGCACAUUACUCUGUCAUUGAUUCAUUCACGUUGUGCGAACAACGUCGCUGCCUAGUGCCAUUCAAUUAUUAUUUUGCAAACGCGACAUCGGAAAAAUCGGAAUUCAUCGGAUAAGUGUUGUAAGUUGUAACAAUAAACGAUUUUUAAUGAAA